GUUCCUUUAUCAAGGAGCCAUCAUCGUAACACAAAACUCAAUCCAAAGAUCAAAAAUGAAAUUUUCCGAAUCGCAAACACUCCUACCGUUGAGAAAACCAGUAAACAGCGGUUCCGACCGCAAACGCGCUAGUUACAAGCUUUGGGUUUUAGUAGCGGUUCUCCUCUUGGCGUUAGGUUCUAUGUUAACCGGUUCCGUCUCUCUCAAAGGACUCGGUCUUUUUCAUUCCGUUGACGGAGAGUUCGGAUUCCACGUCAUCCACGAUCUCGACGUUUUGGAAAUUGAGGAGAGAGAGAAAGUGGUGAGGCAUAUGUGGGAUGUGUACGGACGCUCCGGUGGAGUAAGAGUUCCUCAGUUCUGGAGAGAUGCUUUCGAGGCGGCGUAUGAGUUUCUGGUCAGUGAUUCCGCCGCCGUACGAAACGGGGCUAUUACCGAUAUAGCUAAACUGUCUCUUAGUCGCUCUCUUAAGCCUGACUCUGCUAUGGCCCAGCCCAAUAGUCGUUGAGUUGUGAAGACGAAAGCCCAAGAGAAUAACAAAAAAAGAUUUUCUUGUAUAUAGAAAAAUCAAAUAAAAUGAAAAUGCAAAAAUAGCGUUUUCAUUGAUGUAUUGGUGUUUGAAAACAAUUAUAUAGCAACCAAAUUGUAUUACAAGCAAAUCUAUUUUCAAUCUGUUUCAAAUUAUUUUUACCAAAAUAAACAAAGGAGUUAUUUUCAAGGAUUAUAUAUUAAGGAAGGGAAUCCUACAUGUUGUCACAAUUUUUUUUUUAUAACUUUUAUUUAGAGAUUAGGAUACGUGUCAUCAGAAUUUAA